AUGCGAUCAACUUGCGGUGAUGAGCAGGGAGUUCGAGUCGAGGCAGACUUGACGAGCGUCUAUUUGGCCGUUAUGCUUGACAAAAUGGGAGCAAUGAUGAUUCUGCCUUUGCUUCCUUACAUAGCCACUCAGAUGAGCGGUUCUGCCUUUGCGGUUGGCUUGAUGCAGUCGUUGUACAGCUUAAUGCAGGUCUUCGGGACAAUGGUGUUGGGCGCGCUGUCUGACGGUUUGGGUAAGCGCAGGAUUCUAUUGGUGAGCUUGUUCAGCUCUUCCAUAUUUCUGCUGGCCUGCGGGCUCGCUGCGUCGCUGUCGCAGCUGCUCUUUUUCCGUGCCUGCCACGGCUUCUUCUCGGGCACCGUUUGCAUUUGCCAGGCCAUUGUGGCCGAUGUCACCGGGCCAGAGGAGAGAGUGGGCAAGAUGGCCUUGAUAAUGGCUGCCUAUGGAGUUGGUGUCGUCCUGGGACCUGGGAUUGCAGGCUUUGUCGCGCCUUUUGGCAUGUUGGCAGUGUGUGCAACGGCCGCUGCCUGCACACUCAUCAACUUCUUGCUGGCUGUGCGGCAGCUGCCGCAGGACGGAAUGAAGGAGCAGGAAGCUGAAGAAGACGGCGCGCAGGCGGCGGCACAAAGCACAGUCGCCGUGUGGAAGCGGCUUUUGCAUGUGCUGCUCGCCGAUCCCGUUCUUGGAGCAGUUUGCUGCAUCAGCCUUCUUCAGGAGUUUGCCAUGGGCAUCUACAUGGGCGUCUCGCCCUUGCUUUUCAAGGAUGUCUACGGCAUCACCGCAAGCCAGCUUGGAAUCAUCUUCUGCGUCGCUGGCACCAGCAUGAUUGUCUUCCAGGGCUUUGUGGUGAGCCGAUUUGUGCGCAUCGUCGGCAAGCCAGCAAGCAUUCUCUGUGGAUGUACCUUGCGCCUGCUCUUGUACAGCUGCCUUGCGGCAUUCAGCCAGCCAUUGCUGCCAGUACUCUCUGCAGUGUGUGUGGUGGCUGGCGGCGCCCUGGUUGACCCGUGCGCAGCAAGCCUAACCAGUGACAGGGCCCCCAAGGGUCUCAGCGGCGUCUUCAUGGGCGCCUACCAGUCUGCUGCCUCGGUGGGGGCCUUCCUGGGGCCAGUCACUGGCGGAUUGCUUUAUGGUUUUUCGAAGGCGUUUCCUUACGAGGUUGCGUCAGUGGCAUGCUUGGCAUGCUUGCCGGUUGUCCAGCUGUUGUGGAUGCGUGCUAGGUCCAAAGAUCGACAUGGCCCAUCAACGAGCGCCCAAACUGCAGCGACUUCCGAUGCACUCCUGGACAAAGAUUGCCAGGCCGAUGAGGAUUUUGUGAAUCUACAGGAGGCGUCUCCCUCCCUGUCUCGUGCAAUGACGCGGCUCAGGUCAGUUGCCGACCUUCGUGCAGACAUGUUCCAGUUGCCCUUGCCGACGUCCCAGCGCGCGGACCGCAGCCUGCGGCACAUGGAUCGAAUCGUGGAGGAUUCCUCUGAGCAGCUUCAGCUCAAGGAUCGUUCCAGAACCGAGGCUUUCUCGCAACAGCGUUCAAGGCGAGCGCUCAGCAGCGGCCUGGAGAAAGAGAUCCUCAGGCGAUACUCCGUGGACGCCCUCGAAAGGCAAGGCAACGCAGUUUGCCACUCGGAUGGCAGCUUGAAGGCUUUGCUCGUGAAGUGGUCGCAGUUUCACGAUGGCCGCGACUUCUCGGAAUUCCUGAUGGAUUCAUCGAAGCAGCUCAUAGGGGCAGCUUGGAUUCACCUCUUGAACUUGCUAUUCGCGCAAAAAAUGGAAAAGCACUACGAGGAAGCUGGAGGAGAUGAGUGCGAUUGGUAUUGGAUCAAUAUUGUGGUGGACUGCACGCUCGGUGUCGCUUGCACCUACGUGCUGCUACAGCUGUCCACGAGGAUAAUUCUGGCAACGGUCCCGGACCAGGCACCUGAUUUCAAGACUGGCGAGUACCGGGUCAACGGUGGCAUUGACGCUGCGAAAUACAUUAAGCAGCUGGCUGUGUGGCUCGUGGUCGUCAGUUCAAUGAAGGUGGGUAUGGUCGUCUUCAUGGCGGUCUUCCACACUUUACUUCUAGCUGUUGCUCGCAUGACCCUUGCGCCGUUUGCGUCCAGCCCAAAUCUGAAGCUGCUGGUCGCGAUGAUUGCCACACCAUUUUGCAUGAAUGCGCUGCAGUUCUGGGUCACCGACAACUUUAUCAAGAAGCAAGGCGACCCGGCGGAAGUGGAUGACGAUGACAUCGAGAUGGACGAGCGCGGUGGACGCACCAAGAUUGAUCAUGGGGAUCUGUAG